GCGAAAAUGCAGUCGCCUUUAAAAUAUGGACUUCCUUAGUAAACAAAGAAAAAAGGAGAAUGAACUGUGUAGUUAGACUUUAGUAGAGAUCUAGAUCUAGUGCUUUACAGAUAGAAUCAUUACAUGUAAAUUCCAGUGACCAGUGUUAAAUGUCUCUGUCCUAUGCGUUGAUUGUAAAGAAGACACUAGAUCGACAUGGCAUAUACUUCAAGUUUCUGGUUACAUAUUUCAAGUAUAUCUGUUUAUUGGAUUUUCUUGUAGUACAAGCUUUUUCGCCAUUUGACAAUUGUUUUGAUAGCGCUGGGGUGUGCAUUGCCUGCUAUCAUCGCUUUCUCAAGAUUAAUGAACUUUCGGGCGUAUGCGAUUAUUCAACUUCAAAAUUUGCUAUCAUCAACACAACGGAAAGACUAGACGAGAUUGGCCAAGACUGCUAUGGGAGUAAAGACGUUUUUCAUUUGAUUGACGUCAAAAAAAUCAAUAAAACUUUUGUGUGGAACUAUGACAAGACGCCGCUGAACAGACAGCUAUGGGCGGCUCAAUUUCCCACGUCUGUCGGCGAAUGUGUAGUGUUUGACACAACAGUGAAAAGACUUAAAAAUGUUGAUUGUAAAAAAGAUUAUCCUUCCCUGUGUACAUAUCAAGGCUUUAUUGAAGAAACUACUUCUAUUGCCAAUUUUUCAGAGUGCGUUAUGUAUUGCUUUAGAGGCAACGUUUGUUUAUCUGCCAACGAGAGCUGUGAGGAUGGUUGCCAGGAAGGCUACUACACUGAACAAUGCCUAAAAGAAUGUCCCACUUCUUGCAAGUCAGGGAAAUGUGAACAGUUUAGUGGCUUGUGUUAUAAAGACUGUUCAGAUGAUGAUUCCGAUGAUUUUGAAUGCGAGAUUGGUAGUGAAAAUACGGACGACAAUUUGUUUUUUUUCGUUCUCGCUCUUCCCGUCGUCAACGUGGUCCUUGUGGCCCUAAUUUGUAUCUUGUACCGCAGGAGGAAGACCUAUUUCACUAACGGAGAAGAUGCCCAUGGCAACAAUAAUGAUGAUUAAAAAUAAAAUUGAA